AUGUCUGCCUCUCUCCCUGGCAGCCGGGAUCUCCCCCCAUCACAAUAUGACCUCUCCACCUACUGGGGUCGGGUGCGCCAUGCCGCCGACAUUGCUGAUCCUCGGACUCUCUUUGUCUCAGGCGCUGGUCUGGAGAGUGCUAAGAGCCUCAUCGCCUCCUACAAGCAGAACCGUGUCCCAGUUAUGACGCCUGAACUGUGGUCCGCGAAGAAGAUCGUCGAUGCGACUUUGCAUCCUGACACUGGCACGCCAGUUCUCCUCCCCUUCCGCAUGUCAGCCUACGUGUUCUCGAACUUGGUCGUCACUGCGGGCAUGUUGACUCCAGGACUCGGGACAGCCGGUACCCUCCUCUGGCAAAUCGGAAACCAAUCCCUCAACGUCGCAAUCAACAACGCAAACGCAAACAAAUCCACCCCCCUCUCCACCUCGCAGAUCGCCCAGUCAUACCUCAUGGCCGUCUCGGCUUCUUGCUCGACAGCUCUCGGCCUGAAAGCUCUCGUCCCCCGUCUCAAGAGCAUCUCCCCCAACACCCGUCUCAUCCUGUCCCGUCUCGUCCCCUUCGCUGCUGUCGCCAGCGCCAGCGCUCUGAACGUCUUCCUCAUGCGGGGCGAAGAAAUCCGUCAAGGCAUCGAUGUCUACCCCGUUCUCUCAGCUGAAGAACGUGCCAAGCGCGAGCUGAUCGAGGAUGCUGAGCCGGUCCAGAGUCUCGGUAAGAGUAAGAAGGCUGCUACCCUUGCAGUCGGCGAAACUGCCAUCUCGCGCGUUCUGAAUGCCACGCCUAUUAUGGUUCUGCCGCCUCUUAUCUUGGUCAAGUUUGAGAAGACGCAGUGGCUGCGUGCCCGGCCUCGUAUGGUUAUGCCUGUUAACCUGGCGCUUAUCUUGGGUACUUCGCUCUUUGCUUUGCCGCUUGCACUGGCGGCUUUCCCUUCUCGUCAGGCUAUUAGUGCUAGUAGCUUGGAGGAGGAGUUCCGGGGUCGUGGUGGUGAUCAGGGUAUGGUUGAGUUUAACCGCGGAAUGUAA